GUAUGGAAACUAACUCGUAUGAACGGGAAAACUCGUAUGGAAAACGAACUUGUAGGCUAUGUAAAAAAUAACGGUGAACUCUUAUGAGGAUGUUUGGAUAUGCAGAUAUACUUUGAUAUUUCUCUUAAAUGUGUAUUUUGACACUUGUUUUGUAUACAUGCUUCUUAUUUAUGUCACCAUCAGUCAACUAUUUGCGUGUCAACCGCAGUUUGUGCGUCAACGGCAGUCACCUAUUUUCGUGUCGCAUGUCCUAUGUGUCCAUUGUUGGCAAGAGUCGCAUUCCACGGCGUGAUGUCAUCGUGUAACUGGUCGGUGACAAACCACACAAGACGACAAUGAAUGUAUCCCACUCCAGAAAACUGCUCCUAAUUCUUGUAGUCUUCACAUCUACCACCAUUGUCUCCUUUGGAGUGUACAUAUACAUCAAUACCAUGGACAGACUAUCGGAGAUGGCUGCUUAUAAAAAAAUAACGUACACCCGGCAUGGUCAUAUCCUUGACUUUAACAGCAAAACUGAGAUCAGGAGUUCUAACAAGAAAAACAUCUCGGUGUUGCCAGUUCAAAAUGCAUUUGGGAAUCACAACAAUAAAAAUAUAUCGGCAUUGCCAGUUCCAACUGAGAUCAGGAAUCUCAACAAUAAAAACAUCUCGGCGUUUCCAGAUCCAAAUGAGAUCAGGAAUUCCAAGUUUUCAGUUCCAACUGAGAUCAGGAAUUCCAACAAUAUAAACAUAUCGGCGUUUCCAGAUCCAAAUGAGAUCAGGAAUUCCAACAAUAUAAACAUAUCGGCGUUGCCAGUUCCAGGGGCAUUUUCAGCAUCACAGUUCUAUGGCAAUCACACAUUAAUGAAGUACCAGUGGUAUUUUAAGCCCAAUACAAAUAAAAUUUUCCCUCUGAAUUACAGAUUUCUGAAAACACCUGCACCAACCGAAUGUACGAGAGGGUCCACUCCCUUACUGGUCAUCAUGGUCAUAACAUUGCAUAACAUGACGUCACAGAGACAAGCCAUUCGCGAUACGUGGGGUAGUGUUUCCAUUUCUAACCUUGGAAAAUCGUCGUCAGGCGGCGACCAGUUGCUUCCCAUUAAAGUAUUCUUUGUUCUGGGUGUCAGCAAAAACGCCACUGGGAACGUCGCUCUUGCCAAGGAAGCAGACGCUAAGAAGGAUAUUAUCGUUGCCGAAUUUGACGACAGCUACUUCAACUUGACGCUCAAGGUUCUCAUGUCCUUCAGAUGGAUCAGAGAGUUUUGUCCCGCCGCCAAGUAUGUCAUGAAGGUUGACGAAGAUACGUACGUAAACGUUCCCAAAUUGGUAGCAUUGAUAGGUAGCCGAAACUGGAACAAUACUAUAUUCGGACUAUUCAUUUCUAACGAAGAUGUAGGCAGAACAGGCAAAUAUAACAUUUCGAAAACAGCAUAUCCGCCUUCGAUAUUUCCUCCACACGUUAAAGGGAAUGCGUAUUUCAUGCCAAUUGACGUAGCGAUGAAAAUUUUAGCGGUAUCGGAAUAUAUGCCGUAUGUAAAUAUCGAAGACACUGCGAUAACGGGAAUAUUGGCUAAACUGUUUAACUUUAGGCACAUUGGUUUUACUAGAGACCAGUAUUACGUCUACACGCCAGCUUCUCCUUGCGAACUUGUAGUAGGAAGUCAAAUCGUGUCUCAGCAGAUAUACCACAAGACAUUUUAUCAAAUUUGGGACAGAGUUAAAGAUAAUUCAUUGUGUUAAACGGUUAACGACCUCACCCUGGGCUAUAGCGGCCACCUGUUUUAAGACUCUACUGUUUCAAGACUCUACUGUUUCAUUCUCCCAAAUCAUCUAAUAUGAUAUAAACUGACCUGUAUUAUGCAGCCACCUGUCUUAAAAGGUCACUGUUUGAUGCAUCCUUUGAUGGCUGCUUAAUAUAGGUUUGAAUGUAUUCGAUCUAGGCGACUCCGGUAGGCCUAAGUAAACUGACCCCAUGACCAGCACGCAUGCGUGUCCUUUAAUCCUGCCAUUUUUGUGUGUUUUAUCAUACAAAUGUACCAUAUUUAUAAUUGUACUAUUUAUUUUAACAGAUAUUGAUAUAUUUGUGAGUUGUUUCAAUUGUUUGAUGUACUAUAUAUUCUAGGAUCGAUCCCCGUCGGUGGGCCCAUUGGGUUAUUUCCAGUGCUACACGAUAAUAAUUUCAAAGGCCGUGGUAUGUGUUAUCUUGUCUGUGAGAUGGUGCAUAUAAAAGAUCCCUUGCUAC